GCAGUCAAAAUAUUCAAGUCGCGUUGAAUUCCUUAUUGCGCACGUGUGAUCAAGGUGCGCAGGCGCCGAACUAAUGCCAACACAAUGGAGGUCAUCAUCGAAUCCUUAUAUAUUAGACGGGAAUUGCUAGUCACACCAUCAGUCACUCUCCGACGAACUAAACAAACAAUCAAAAUGUUCAAAUACUUGAUCUUCGUUGCUCUCCUGGCUUUCGCAUCAGCCAAGCCUCUGCUGGUGAGCUACACGUCCCCUGUAGCUGCUGCAUAUACUGCUCCGGUCGCUGCUGCGUACACCGCACCCCUGGCGUACUCUGCGUACUCUGCAUAUUCUCCGGUUGCAUACUCCGCAUACUCAUACGCAUCACCAUACUCUUAUUACAUUUAAUUAAAUAAAAAUACGUCUAAAUUCAUGAAACCAAAUAUGUUGAUGUGAUAAUAUUUUAUUUAUUUGAUUCCAAUACAAAAAAGUAUAAUUCGCGAGUGAUUUUUUUUCUGCCUGGCGCUUUAAAUCCUGAACUUCAAAGGUGAAGUUUUUUUUCUUUUUCGGAAAUAAAAAUAAAUUAUGAAGUACU